AUCGGAAUGUAUCCUUUAUCCGUAUUCCUCAGGACAGAAAUCGUAUGUCUUUAUGCAUCGAUAUGAAUGAGCCAAGGUCGCUCUCCUUGAUUGCUUCACCGGAUCAACUUGCUUAUAAUGCAGCCAGAGGAAAACAAUUGAAACAAAAUAAGAAAAUGGUAAAAUCCUAUCAUCUCGCAACUCUAUCCUUGUUUCAAUGCUUCUUCUUCUUGUUCGUAGCAAUACCAUCACCAUGUGCUGCUACCAAGCCAUUGAAGCCAACUAAGCUUGUAGACGCUGUUUGUCGCAAAACUAAUUCGAGUUACUCCUUCUGUGUGGAGUCUCUCUACAGCGACCCUCGGACUCCAACUGCUGACAGCUACGUGCUCGCCUACAUCUCCUUCGGGUUAGCGUACCUCAAUGCCUCCGCCACCCAACACCAUGUUGCUCGCCUGCUUAACAACAAGACACAAGGAGGGCACCAACUACAACAACUUGGAACCUGUCACCGUGAUUAUAACAAGGCUGUUUCUGCAUUGCAACUCGCUUACAAUGACCUCAAUUCCGAGACUUUCUUUGAGCUUGCAGAUUUGGCGGGUGUUGCUUCUCUUGCUGCCGAGGAUUGCCAAGCUGCUUUCAAUACCACUUUUUCCCCUCUCACCAACAUGAAUCGUGAUCUCAAGGAUCUCUGCAAAAUCUGUGUAGUUGUCUCUAACCUCUUCACUGGACUUACUUUGUAAUGAGACUAUACUACUGUACGUAGAAUGCAAUAGUGAAUGUUGAUAUGACAAGAC